UGCAGCCCCAACUUUGCGAUUUCUGUCGAUUCCAAAUCGCCUGCUCGUGACUCGUGAGUCGUGACUCGCGAGCUUCACUCUCUCUCUCUCUCUCUCUCUCUCUCUCUCUCCGGCAAACUACGUCCGAGCUUUUCUCCUCCCAAACCCUAAUUUUCCUAAUCCCCAAUUUUUUUCCCCAAAUCACCUCCAAUUCUGUAACCCCACAUUUCAAUUCAACCUUCCCGCCGCCGAUUCACCGUCGUCAACCUCCGCAAUGGCAUCCAUCGCUUGCUAGGGUUUCCUAGAUCCAUCCCGUCACUCUCCGACAGCACACUGCACCACUACUUCACCAACCUAAUCAAAUUCAUAGUUAUGGCUAUUCGUGUCACCCUGAGCUUCUCCGGCUAUGUGGCCCAAAACCUUGCAUCCUCGGCGAACCUCCGCGCGGGGAACUGCCGAGGAUUUCAAGAAUGCUGGGUCAGGUCUCGGGUAUUCGGAUCCAAACAGAAGCCCGAUAUCGACCCCUCUGUCCCCGUCCGCAAUUACCAGACCCAAUUCUCCCGCUCGAAGCCUUCGUCGGCCGCCGUAAGGCCCUUGCCGUCGCUGUACACCGCCCUCGCCGAGGAGAUUCUAGGCGAGAGCAGCAAGAGCCCGAUCGUGCUGGGGUUGAUCUCGCUUCUGAAGUCAACGGCUGUCGCCACAGGCGUCUCUUCGGCUCCGGCCGCCAUGGGGAUUUCGCCGUCAAAAGUCAGUUCGAUCAUGCCCUUUUUACAGGCAUCGAAGUGGCUUCCCAGCAACGACACCGUCCCGGAGUCGAUAAUGAAGGAAGUGGAUAAAGGUGGAACGUUGUGCGUGGACGAGGUUUCUGAGGCCUCGCAGCUGGCUAAGAAAGACUUGGGCAGGACCGGGUUUUUGUCACGAUUGUUGAAUUCUUGCUCGGAGGACGCUAAGGCUGUGUUCACUGCUGUUACAGUUAGUGUAUUGUUUAAGUCCUUCUUGGCUGAGCCCCGAUCGAUUCCCUCCACUUCAAUGUAUCCUACUCUCGAUGUGGGUGACCGAGUUUUGGCGGAGAAGGUUUCAUAUUUCUUUAAAAAUCCUGAGGUUUCAGAUAUAGUAAUUUUCAAGGCACCUCCAAUCUUACAGGAAUUUGGUUACAACUCAACUGAUGUAUUCAUCAAAAGAAUUGUAGCUAAGGCUGGAGAUUGGGUCGAGGUUCGCAAUGGGAAAUUACUUGUCAAUGAUCUUGUUCAGAAUGAAAAUUAUGUUUUGGAGCCGCUCGCUUAUGAAAUGGAUCCAGUGCUUGUUCCAGAAGGCUAUGUCUUCGUAUUGGGAGAUAAUCGCAACAAUAGUUUUGACUCUCAUAACUGGGGUCCACUUCCUGUGAAAAACAUUCUUGGCAGAUCAGUAUUUCGCUACUGGCCUCCUUCCAAGGUGUCUGACACCACGUUUGAACCACAAGGACCAAAUAACGUCGUUGCAGUUUCUUGACCGGUUGCCCUCUGUUUGCAGGGGGAGGACCUCAGAAUACAUUCUUAUUCUCUUAUCAAGAUAGUGAACUGACUUUCACUACUCUUUUGGCUCGUUUUCGAGCACUUUGAAGAUGAUUUGGAUGGAUAAACUUAUCCAUCAGUCUGUGAAUCUGUAUGAAAUUUAAACUUACUCUGAACGAGCAAAAGAAAGAUGAAGCUAAAGUUUUCGACUUAUAUGAUUCAUCAAAUUAUUUUGUUCUUAAUAUGUUGUUGGGAGGUUCAGCUGCCAUACAUGAGGUUUCAGCACCUGUGAGGAACCAAACGUCCAAAGGAAGGGGAAGAUUCAUCUGGAAGUACAGCACCUCUCGUGCCGGGUGAAGGUCUGAUCGCCUUUGAUGCUGGUGGGAUGAUUCUUGUCAUACGAAGAGACGGAGAUGGUUCGCGGAUGGUAGCCGCAGAUGGUUCUUUGCAGUAAUGCUGAAAGCUUGCCCAUGAAUUGAACUUGGCCUCUCUUUUUUACCUGUUGCCUGUAGGCUUUGCUUGCUUCCUUCGAAGCAUCCGUGUAAAUGGCGUCUUUGGAGUUCUGCUGUUCCAUUUUAUAAGACGCAUUGUUCAUCUGUGUAAAACGUUGUUCGUUGAUAGUCCGAUCAAACUGCUCCCUUGAUUGAGUAGUUGGUA